UAGAGCAAUCCAAGCAUUGGGAUUCCUUGUCUUCACCGUAAUAGUUCUUUUGAACUUUGUUCUUCCCGUUAAGGCAAUGUCAGAUUGUUUCUCCAUUCCGUUUACUGGUCUAAGUUUGAUAGCUUCCAUCUUCAAAUUCCCCCCUUGGCCCUAACUGACAGGUAUUAACAGCUUUGUUUCAAACUGCUCAGAGUACUGUAGUUGAAAAAGGCUGUAGUGUGCAGCCACCUUCCGUUUAUUUCAUGUUGCCCACAGUUCCUGCUCUGUCAGUUUUGUGUUGAGUGGUGGUGUUGCUGCUGCUGCUAAACGCCUCGACAGUGAACAGGUUGACAAGGUACAAGUAUAAGCAUGGACCGAUUUUUGUACCUUAUGAAACAAAUGAGAAGGUCGAGGAGAAGGAAAAGCAAGAAGUAUAGACCAGAGGAGGAUUACCAUGAGGGAUAUGAAGAUGUGUAUUAUUAUGCCUCAGAACAACUGCGUAAUGAGGGACCAUACGCCAAAUCUACAAACCCAGCAAAAGCUUCCGAAGGCACCUUGGCAGUUAGAAGACAAAGUAUUCCAGAGGAAUUCAAAGGUCAAACUGUAGUUGAGUUGAUGAAGAAGGAAGGCAGUACCCUGGGGCUUACAGUAUCAGGUGGAGUAGACAAGGAAGGGAAACCCAGAGUAUCCAAUCUUCGACCUGGAGGAAUUGCUGCGAGGAGUGAUCAGUUAAAUAUUGGAGACUACAUCAAAUCAGUCAAUGGAAUCAAUUUAACAAAAUUCCGACAUGACGAGAUCAUCAGUCUCCUGAAGAAUGUUGGUGAGAGAGUGGUUCUUGAGGUGGAAUAUGAGCUCCCUCCUGCUUCUACUCAAGGCUCAGGGAUUAUUCUCAAAACUGUGGAAGUGACUUUGCACAAAGAAGGCAAUACCUUUGGAUUUGUGAUUCGAGGAGGAGCCCAUGAAGACCGAAGUAGAUCCCGCCCGAUUGUAAUAACCUAUGUCAGAGCUGGGGGACCAGCUGACAGGGAAGGCACAAUAAAAGUUGGCGACAGGCUGUUGAGUGUUGAUGGAAUACGGUUACAUGGAACAACGCAUACAGAGGCUAUGAGCAUUCUCAAACAAUGUGGACAGGAGGCAACAUUAAUAAUCGAAUAUGAUGUGUCUGUCAUGGAUUCCGUAGCAAAUGCUUCAGGCCCCCUGAUGGUGGAGGUGGCCAAGACCCCUGGUUCAAGCUUGGGCAUUGCUUUAACUACCUCACUGUACUGUAACAAGCAAGUCAUAGUCAUAGACAAAAUUAAGGCUGCCAGCAUUGCAGAUAGAUGUGGCGCUUUGCAUGUUGGAGAUCACAUACUUUCGAUUGAUGGCACCAGCAUGGAGUAUUGCACAUUAGCUGAAGCAACUCAGCUUUUAGCCAGUACCUCUGAACAAGUCAAGCUAGAACUGCUUCCUUACCAUCAAACACGACUGGCUUUGAAGGGACCAGAACACGUCAGGGUUCAAAGGAGCAGCAGACAACUUGCCUGGGAAACUUGUGGAAGCAACAGCAGCAACUUGUUCACCUACCAACCCUAUAACACCUACCACCCUGAUCAAUGUAGGAUGACAGCCUUGAAAUGCCAGCAACCUUCUUCUCAAAACAGUCUUCCUGCUCUGGUGUCGACAUCAUUCUCUCCUACCUCCAUGAGUGCAUAUAGUCUGAGUUCCCUGAAUAUGGGGACCCUACCUCGCAACUUGUAUCCAACAAGCCCACGAGGAACACUAAUGAGAAGAAAAAUGAAAAAGAAAGACUACAAGAGCUCCUUAUCUUUAGCCUCCAGUACGGUUGGUCUUGCAGGCCAGAUUGUUCACACUGAGACAGCAGAAGUAGUCCUGACCAGUGACCCGAUCGUAGGGUUUGGAAUUCAGCUCCAGGGUGGUGUCUUUGCAACAGAGACCUUGUCUUCUCCACCAUUGAUUGCAUAUAUUGAACCUGACAGCCCAGCAGAAAGGUGUGGAAUGCUGCAGGUUGGAGACAGAAUUCUGACAAUCAAUGGAAUCCUCACUGAAGAAAGCACCCUGGAGGAAACCAACCAGCUCCUUCGGGACUGUGCUGGCAACAGCAAAGUCACCCUCGAAAUAGAGUUUGACGUCGCAGAAUCAGUUGUACCAAGCAGUGGCACAUUUCAUGUGAAGCUACCAAAGAGGAGUGGUGUGGAGCUUGGCAUCACCAUCAGCUCACCUGCCAGCAGAAAACCAGGAGAUCCACUCAUUAUUUCAGACAUUAAGAAAGGAAGUGUUGCACACAGAACUGGAACAUUGGAGCUGGGAGACAAGCUGCUUGCCAUAGACAGCAUCCGUUUAGAUAACUGCUCCAUGGAAGAUGCAGUUCAGAUCCUUCAUCAGUGCGAGGAACUUGUGAAACUCAAAAUACGGAAAGAUGAAGACAACUCAGAUGAACAAGAAAGCUCUGGGGCAAUCAUUUACACCGUGGAGUUAAAACGUUAUGGUGGUCCGUUAGGAAUUACCAUAUCGGGCACUGAAGAACCUUUUGACCCAAUUGUCAUCUCAAGCCUAACAAAAGGAGGUUUAGCUGAAAGGACUGGUGCAAUCCAUAUUGGAGACAGAAUCUUGGCUAUAAACAGCAGUAGCCUGAAGGGUAAACCCUUAAGUGAGGCUAUCCAUCUCUUACAGAUGGCAGGAGAGACUGUCACACUGAAAAUUAAGAAACAACUCGAUAUGUCCAGUCCUAAAAAAUCAUCAAUUUCUGGACGGCUGAGUGAAUUGAGUGAUGUGGAAGAUGAAAUUCCCACUGUACAGAAGCCAGCCAAGCUUUCUGAGAUGUACUCUGCUACGAUCCCCAGUGUGGACAGUGCAGUGGAAUCCUGGGAUGGUUCAGGCAUAGACACAGGCUAUGGAAGUCAAGGUCCUUCUGGAUAUCAAGCCUCUGGCUACAGUCUUCAUGCACAUGAAUGGAGAAGUGCCAAACUAAGUUUCUCACCUGCCAGCAGGCAUCAUCAUAACCUGUAUCAUGAAGCAACAUUGAGUGAUGAUGAAUGGGAUCGACCUACCACUAGUGGAUAUGUAGGUGGUCAUGAUGGCUUAGAAACAGAUCAGGAAGAAAACUUUUGGUCCCAGGCUCUAGAAGAUUUGGAGACCUGUGGUCAAUCAGGAAUCCUGAGAGAAUUGGAGGCGACAAUCAUGUCUGGGAGCGCACUGAGUCUUAAUCAUGAAAACAGCAUGACACACAGGCCGCUGGGGAGACAGUCCAGCUUCCAAGAGAGAAAUCCUGUCAGGGUUCAUUACACCCAGAAUUCCCGUAGCAACACUCUACCGUCAGAUGGUGGGAGAUCGAAGUUGCUUGCUAUUAGAAAAAUCAAGCAAGAAAUGAAAGAAAUUAUGUCACCAACACCAGUGGAGUUGCACAAGGUAACCCUCUAUAAAGAUUCAGAUAUUGAGGAUUUUGGAUUCAGUGUUUCAGAUGGCCUACUUGAGAAAGGUGUGUAUGUCAACAACAUUCGCCCAAAUGGACCAGCUGCCCUUGGUGGUGUCAAACCCUACGACAGGUUGUUGCAGGUAAAUCACAUCCGUACGAGAGAUUUUGACUGCUGUCUGGUGGUGCCUCUCAUAGCAGAUUCUGGCAAUAAACUUGAGUUGGUCAUCAGCAGAAACCCACUGGCCUUUCAGGAGGUGCUCUCGGCAGAUCAGACGUUCCAAGCAGGAGAAUGGAGUGAGCAAGACGAAGCUCACGUUUUCAGGCAGCAGAAGGGAAGACUCAGUAGUACAGACAUACAGGAGAAUACAAAUACAUUGUAGUGCAAUGCAUUCAGUCGAAUAGGCUGAAGUAUUGUCUAUACUUUUAUGGUGCUAACUCACUAACAUUCAUUUGUGGAACACCUGCCUUUUUAGUCUGUCAUUCAUAUCUCUCUCAAGUUCCAAGCACAGAUUUCAUAAAUCAGCAGAAACCUUUUUUUUUGAUAAGACCCCCUCCCCUCAACACCACAAAUGACAAAAAAAGACUUGUUAACAGGUUUGACAAAACUGUGAAACAUAACUAAGCCAGUCUAUGCAGGGCACAGCCAUGAAACAAAACCUGUGCACUAUUAUGCCAAGAGUAGUUUAUUUUUUCCUGGUGAUUACUGUCCAAAUUCUUUUUAAAAAAAUUAACCUUUUUAUUGAUGUUGCCAGCUGGUUACUGGACAAAAGAAAAUAUACAUGCUGCAUAAAAUGUAAAAUGAGCCUUUUUAAUUAAAUUGAAAAUCUUGAUUAUAUUCCAAAGCUAUUGAUGCAGCAAUCCCUAGUAAAAUGUAGAUGUUUAAAAGGGUCUAAACUGCACAGACCAUGUUCAAUCAGUCUUCACUCAGUUGGUAUCGAACCUGAAGGCUUCAUUCUUGGGGCUGUUAUCCUUUAACAGAAUUCUCACGGGGAAGCAGUACGAGCCUUACAAUGCGAUCCUUAGCUCUGAUUUCCAGUAAUAUUUAAAAUCACAAUGCUCGGACUUGAACAUUUGAGGAAUUCCUUCUACAACCUGCAAAAAUGAGAGAAUGAUAGCUAAGACUUCAUUCUUGAUCUUUCAAAGCACUGCACUGACUUGCAAAAGAAGAAUGCUAAUUGCUGGGGAAAAAAAAAAGUAAAACCACCAUUCCUGUUUUAAAAAAAUAACCACAGGUGACCUUCUCUUUGCCAGGAUUUUGUGGCCUCAUCUUUUACCAUGGAGAUUCUAAAAUUACCACCAUGACAGUAACUCUUAAUAUAUACACCUGCCAUUUCAGAUUACUAAGUCUUAAUAUUAAUCCAAAUGGAUAAUCCUAAACAUGUUCAUUUGUGUCUUCUACAUGUUAAGGUCCAUGAUUAACACAUUUGUAUUUGUAAAAGAUUGACUUUGUAAAUCAGUAAAACUGAAAUAUGAACUCUACUUUGAUGUACAUGAAUUUCAAGGCUGGUUAAAUGUUAGUAUUAUUGUUGGUUGUGCCUCACUUCAGUGAAUCAAACGUACCAGGUUAGAUGUUAACUUCCACCAUCAGGUGAAAUCUUACCAUGAAAAGGCGCAAUGGACAGAAUCUAGUGCACUUAAUCAAUGAAAAGCAGGUUUUCCAACCAGUGGUAAAAAGUUUAAAAUCUACACCUGACACCUAAGAAAUAAUUGAGAGCAGCUGUACCCUGCUUUGUUCCAUUUAAACUUUCGAACACUGAAGAAUAUAUCCAUUAUGUUAAAGUUUUCCUGCCUAACACUGAUUCAUAUUUAAAACAAACACUGCCAACAACAAAUAUAGACAGUUCGACUCUCGGCAAACUUGAAUCAAAUCUGUCAUACUAAUGUCCUUUGGACAAUGUAUUUUUAUUUGUAACAGACAAGUAUUAUAAACUGUAAAGUAUUUUUGUACAAAUUUCCUACUUUGGUAGCAUGAUAUUUAUCGUCCUCUUAAGGUUUUGGGAAUCUUCACUGCUAAUUUGUAAGGGAUAUGCAAGAUGAAAUAAAACAGUAAAAGCAUACA